AUGCAAAAGAAUACAAGACAAGAAACAUAUAAAAUCGUUAAGACUCGCCCCCCUAAAAGGCAAGGCGAACUUAACUUUAGCAUCAAUUCAGGUGUUUUUACCUGCUCUGAAUGCGAAAAAGAGUUCGAAAAGCCUUGGUUACUGAAAAGGCAUUCGAAGGUUCACCAUAUAAGUAAUCAAAUGGCAACCAAUACUGUACUCGACGAACCCGAGCAGGCCGAAUUGAUAGUCGAGAACACUAUUCCGGAUGCUAAUGCAUUUGAUUACUCGAGUGACGAAGAUGACUCCUCCAGUAUCGGGGAUGAAGAAGACAACAUUGUAGACGAGGAAAACGAUAUUGUCGAUAAUUUCUUUGAUAUUGAAAUGAACAGUAAUCCAGUUUUCAACGCGUUCUCUGACAUGUUUUCUUCUGCUGCUGCUGCUGAUGAGGUAUCAAUGACCGAUGAUGACUCUGAGAUCCCGGAAGAAGUCUUUGAGACAAUUGGCGCUGUAAAUGACCCUACAAGCUGUUAUCCUUUUCGCGAUCUUCAAACCAUGAUCCUUUUCGCUUUUAUCGAUGGGGAUAAUGACAUGAUCUCCCAGCGAAUGUUGAAGAAGAUACUGCUUGCGAUGAACUUGAUCAUUAAGAUCCAGCAAGAAACUCCCAUAGGAAGAACAUUUAAGUUACCUCGUUUGGAUGCUCUUUUAAAUUAUCAGGCAAGAAAGAAGUCCAAGAUGCCUGUCUUUCCUUCACAAAGAAUAUCAGUACCUGGAUCAAACGGGAACGCAUUCGCCCAUAUUAACCUUCCGUCCGACCACUUGAGAUUUCUUAUGGCAAACCCAAAGAAAUCCAAGUUGAUCUCGUCCAUGCCCGAUCGUACCCCAAACCAAUCGAUCUGUUUGGAACAAGAUGUCUGGUUUGGAAACAUUGUUUACUUGAAGACAAACGAUUGCAGCAUCCGCUUUUUGGUUGAAUCGUUCCACACGGCAAAUAAAAACAUUUUUGCGAGAGGGUAUCUGGUCAGAGCGAUUUCGAUUGUAUGCUAUGGCGUUGAGGUUGCUGUUACCAAUCUUAGAGUAGAGCAGAUCUCUCACGUUGACACCACUCCUGUUGAAAGAGAUCACUACUACAGUAUCUCAAGUAGCCUUACCAGAUUGAGUCCUGCUCAUGACUUUCUUCUUUUUGGAGUUCAUCCAAUGAAGAAGCCUAUGCCUCUUUCUGUUUUGCCCGGUAAUGUAGAUCGCGAUGCAGUGUUUUACAAAGUUAGGAUUGUUUCAAUCAUCCUUUUUACAGACGACACUUCUGGCAAUCGUUCAAAGCAGUACAAUCCGUUUGAAAGCUGGUUAAUGAGAUGCGCUGCCUUGCCUUUUAAGGAUCGAAAUUCGAUAGCAAACAUCCAGUUUCUUUCUACAAUCCCUAAGAAAGAUGGUGCAAAUGGUAUGUCUCUUCUGCCAGCAAUCGUUGAUGACUUUAAGAAACUCGAGAAAGGUGUAAAAAUGUUCUCCGCUGAAGACAAUGAGUAUGUUCUGGUUGUUGCUCCCAUCCUUUGGAUUGAGGCUGACACGCCAUGUCAUUCAGAACUUUGCGGAUUGCUUGGGCCGGCCACCACAUUUCCUUGCAGAAGAUGCUACAUCGAACUUAGAC